GACAAAUGACAAUUAUCAUGGAAAAUGCUACUUUUCUGAUAUUGAAAUAUUUAUUUCAGAGGAUCAAAUAGAACAUUUCAGUAGUGAAAAUGGGGUAUGGUAUGGUAAAUGCUUGUUAUUAUUAGAAAUAACUUUUGAAGAUGAUAAUAAAUUUCAGAAUCUACAAUUGGUUAUGGUUCAAUGGUAUGAUUAUGCUGAUAUUGCAGCUAAAAAAAAGAUAUUAACAGCAAAUACAAAGAUGGAUAAAUGGCACAAAUUAGGAUGCCAAUACAUGAAAUUAUUAGAUUCAUAUGAUAUAAUACCUUUAGAAUCUGUUUUAAGAGCUAUACAUAUAGUCCAAGAUUUUAACAAAGAAAACAGAUAUUUUGUUAAUAAUUAUGUUUAA